CAGUCAAGGUGCAGAAGAGUGACCACCACCACUGCUGGGACCCCUGUGUCAACUACUGUCACACUCACCACCCUGGACACUGCAAGACACCCACUUGGAACCAGACAUCUGGACAGGAUUACUGCAAAUCUCUGGUGGCUGCCAACUUCUCGUCUCCCACCAUGAAUGCGCAGGGCUUCCCUUGCCAGAACUCGAACACGCUACCUCGCAGCUCCCACCCCAUGAGCCCCCGCACCACCAUGCUGAGGAGGAGGCAAAAGAAGAAGGAGCACAAGAGCUCAUUGUCACUGGCCUCCAGCACGGUGGGUCCUGGCGGGCAGAUAGUCCACACAGAGACAACAGAGGUGAUGCUCAGGGGAGACCCUUUGAAUGGCUUCGGACUUCAGCUCCAGGGAGGCAUCUUUGCUACUGAAACUCUGUCUUCCCCACCUCUCGUCCGCUUUAUUGAGCCUGACAGCCCGGCAGAGAGGUGUGGGCUGCUACAGGUAGGAGACAGAGUCCUUUCUAUCAAUGGCAUCGCGACUGAGGACGGGACCAUGGAGGAGGCCAACCAGCUCCUGCGCGACGCCGCGCUCACGAACAAAGUGGUGCUCGAGAUCGAGUUCGACGUCGCAGAGUCUGUCAUACCCAGCAGCGGUACUUUCCACGUUAAAUUGCCCAAGAAAAGAGGUGUAGAGCUUGGAAUUACAAUCAGCUCUGCAAGCAGAAAGCCUGGGGAUCCUCUGAUCAUCUCUGACAUCAAGAAGGGGAGCGUCGCACACAGAACUGGCACCUUGGAGCCGGGAGACAAGCUGUUAGCCAUUGAUAACAUCCGACUCGACAAUUGCUCAAUGGAGGAUGCUGUGCAGAUUUUAAGGCAGUGUGAAGACCUGGUCAAAUUGAAGAUUAGGAAGGAUGAAGAUAACUCUGAUGAGCAGGAGACAACUGGUGCCAUUAUCUACACAGUGGAGCUGAAGCGGUACGGUGGCCCCUUGGGAAUAACCAUCUCUGGGACGGAAGAACCUUUUGAUCCCAUUGUCAUUUCGGGCUUGACUAAACGAGGUCUGGCAGAGAGGACUGGAGCCAUCCACAUCGGCGACCGGAUAUUAGCGAUCAAUAACGUGAGCCUCAAGGGCAAACCACUGAGCGAGGCCAUUCACCUGCUGCAGAUGGCGGGAGAGACGGUCACCCUGAAGAUCAAGAAGCAGACAGAGAAAUCCUAUCCCAAGAAAUCGGGGAGUAUAAACGAAGUGAGUGACCCAGAAGAUGAACUGACAGACUCCCAGAAAACUAGCAAGCUGUCUGAGAUAUACUCCACCGCAAUUCCUAGUGUGGACAAUACUAUGGAGUCCUGGGAUGGCUCUGCCAUUGAUGCUGGGUAUGGAAGCCAAGGUACGUACAUACCUCAGGCUGCGGGCAUAGCCCUCCAUCCACACGAAUGGAGACACAGCAGGCAAAAGAGCAGCACCCCUCCAGGGGACCCCAGAAAAAACUACCCCUACAUGGAUGGAAGCUUCAGUGAAGAUGACUGGGACAAGCCCAGCAGAUACCCCAACCGCCAAAAUGGCCUUGAGACCACUCACGAGGAUAAUUUUUGGCGUGUUUUUGGAGAAGCUUUGGAGGAUUUGGAAACAUGCGGCCAGUCUGAACUUUUGAGGGAGAUUGAGGCAUCCAUCAUGACAGGGAGUGUGCACAACCUGGGCUUGGAGGGCAGCAAACUGCUCCUGGACUCUGUCAACCCAUCGGGAAUGAGCCCAUUGAGGAAAGCGAACUCCAGCUGUAGCGACGGACAGACUGAGGGCAGCAGCUCCCCUGCCAAGAAGAACGAGAGGAACCUGGACAUGAAGAAGAUCGAGAAGGAGAUGCAGGAAAUCAUGUCCCCGACUCCCCUUGAGUUUCACAAGAUGACACUCCACAAAGACCCGGAGAGGGAAGAUUUCGGAUUCAGUUUGUCGGAUGGCCUGCUAGAAAAAGGUGUCUAUGUAAAUAUGGUCCGUCCGGAUGGGCCAGCAGAUCAGUGUGGCCUCAAGCCAUAUGACAGAGUGCUUCAGGUAAAUCGCAUCCGAACAAGAGACUUUGACUGCUGUCUGGCCGUUCCCUUGAUUUCGGAGGCUGGAGAUAAGCUGGACCUGGUGAUUAGCCGAAACCCCUUGGCACUGGCCGCCAACGCUCCCUCGGAGGGGAACAGAGAGCUGCCGGUGCAGGUGUCCCUCGGAGCCGAGGUCAAGGCAAGUGUCCAGACGCUCUGAGCGUCUGGAGCAGAGCAGACGUUGCCCAGGGCCUCUGCUGAGCCGUUGUGGUAUUUGGGGUGUUUCUCCUGUUUUUUGCACUGGUAUUUGUAAAUGCUGUGUGUACCAUAACCUGCAAGUGGGGAGGUGGGUCUUCAGUGAGCCUGUGGACCGCCAAAUAUUGCUGGGAAGGUCAGAGCUGGAUGUGCAUCUGGGGGCUGUGGCAGCGAUGGCGAUGGGACGAGCUGCCGACGGGAGGAAGGAGCAUCCACAGCCAUCUCCCAUGGCAGAUCAUCCCCCUGUGCCCCAGCCAUUGAGUGUGAAGGGUCCUGCCUCUGACAUCCUCCUCGCCCUGAAGGCCUUGGCCAUCCUAUAAACACACAUGGUGCUAUUAUGUUCCUUGUUUGCUCACUUAAUUGCAUACAGCAGGACUGAAAUGCCUUUCCUUUUAUGUUGUGCCCAUCUCCAUCCUUCCGACACUCCUGACAAACCAAGUCCUGCAGCCCCUUGCACUCCCGGUGCAGGGCAGUGGAGAGCGCUGGCUAAAAGACAUUUCAAAAUGUGCUGGAGGGUGGCUAGAUUCAAUUCUUGUUCAAAAAUUGGUAUUUGCAGCUGCCUCCUGACAGCCCUGUCCACACUCCCCCAGGCCUGGCUCGCCCCACAGUGGGAUGAGGGACCUUGUCUUGGCAUGGAUUCCCAUGAACAAUGUGGUUACCUGUGCUGCAGUACUUAAUACAGAGUAGAGGCUGUACCCAAGGGUAAAAGCCUUGAGUACCUGCUCAAAUCCCCAGCCACCUUGUUUGUCUGAGCUUUAUGGAGAUCUCUUGCUUGCAAACCUGGCCUGUGCCUGCAAGUAAAUAGCAGAAAAGCGAAAUUCCCAGAGCUGCCCCUGAUGUUUUGAAUUAAUGAAACCUUGUUGUCUCCCAUCAGGCAGUGGCAUGACAAGCCCUUUGUUAGGUGGAGGUUGUGUCCCUGUGUCCCAUGGGAGCUGGGCAGUGUGUGUUUGCCUGUUGCUGGCCUCAUGUAGCUUUCCAAGCGUGAUGCUCCCCUCCCUCCCCAGAGCCCCCGGCCCCGCCUGGAAGAGGGGCUGUGAUGUUUGCAUUGGUGCCCUCAUCUGCCUGCCAUGUUCCACCUAUUAGCACUUUAUGAUGAUGUUUGUGUCCUGGUGGUGGCGUGAUCCUGGCAUCGCUUUCCCCGGGAAGGCUGGGGCACAGUGGAGUGGAGGAGCCUGUCAGUCGGACACCGCAGCCCCGAGCCCACUGCGCCCGUUCCCUGCUCACCCUUUUGGCUCCUCCAUCACCACCUCGAGGGGUGCCCAUAGGUUGUUGGAUGGGUGUACAGCACAUGUGUGUCGCUUUGCUGAGCCAGGACUUCUCUCCCCACUGUCUGUCCCUGUCAUCCCUCUGUGAUAGCACAACGUAUCAGGGUGUUUCUUCCAGACACGUGCCCGGCCCCAUCCAGCUAUUUGUCGUCGUAGCCAUUUUCUCUUUGAGUAUGCAAUAUCCCAUACCAUUGCUGCCACACCUAGAUAAUGUGCCAUAAUUGAUACUGUGGAGCAUUGACAGUGCAGCCGAAAGUGUUUUUAUAUGCAAUAUUCUGAGCAGUGGAAGCUCACUGGGGCUUCUCACAGGUUUUUAAUGAAGACUUUUAUUAAAGGCUUUAAAAAAAAAAAAAAAGGAGGAAGAAAAACUUGGUCCUUGUAUCCCUUCCUAUGCAUUUUGAAUGAUAUGAAGAUGAAAUGCAUUACUUAAAUGUGUAUUUUUAUCCAUAUAUUAGAGUGUAUUCCUUGUAAAGUAUUUUUAUAUGCUAAUUUUCUUAUGUAUCUAUGAAAGCACAAUAUUUAAAAGUACAGCAUUUCAAAGAAUAUUUUAGUCCUGUUUUGGACCUAUUUGUAAAUCUCUGUAUUUAAAUGGGAUUGCAAUGACUUUGACUUUUUUUUUUUAAUUAAAUAAAAGCAAAUGAAAUGCA